UGGCAAUUUAUGGACUAUUGAAAGACGUUAUUGCCCCUUUCAUCUUCAUUCUUUCUUUGGUCAUCCAUCUGAAAAUUCGAUCUGAUCACUGAGAAACUACGGCGACGACGAAGAAUACGGUGGAGGAGGAAGUACAAUGAGAAUAUUAAGCUACGGAAUCGUUAUUCUCUCUUUACUCGUUUUCUCUUUCAUUGAAUUUGGCGUUCACGCUCGUCCCGUCGUUCUCGUCCUCUCAAAUGACGAUCUCAAUAGCGGCGGCGAUGAUAACGGAGUCGGAGAGUCCUCUGACUUCGAUGAGUUUGGAGAAUCCGAACCUAAGUCCGAAGAGGAGCUUGAUCCCGGUUCAUGGCGAUCGAUCUUCGAGCCAGAUGACUCAACAGUCCAAGCAGCCUCGCCGCAGUACUACUCCGGCCUCAAAAAGAUUCUAUCGGCGGCGAGUGAGGGAAAUUUCAGGUUGAUGGAAGAAGCAGUGGAUGAGAUAGAGGCUGCUUCUUCAGCUGGAGAUCCACACGCACAGUCGAUAAUGGGGUUCGUUUACGGGAUAGGAAUGAUGCGAGAGAAGAGCAAAAGCAAGUCGUUUCUUCACCAUAAUUUCGCAGCUGCUGGUGGGAAUAUGCAGUCGAAGAUGGCACUUGCGUUCACGUAUCUUCGUCAAGAUAUGCAUGAUAAAGCUGUUCAAUUAUAUGCUGAAUUAGCAGAGACAGCUGUCAAUAGUUUUCUGAUCUCAAAGGAUUCUCCGGUGGUUGAACCAACUAGAAUUCAUAGCGGAACUGAAGAGAACAAAGGUGCUCUAAGGAAAUCUCGAGGCGAGGAGGAUGAAGAUUUCCAGAUAUUGGAAUAUCAGGCACAGAAAGGGAAUGCUAAUGCAAUGUACAAAAUUGGACUGUUCUACUACUUUGGCCUGCGAGGAUUAAGGCGUGAUCACACCAAGGCAUUGCAUUGGUUUUUGAAAGCAGUAGAUAAAGGAGAGCCGAGGUCAAUGGAACUUCUGGGGGAGAUAUAUGCUAGAGGAGCUGGUGUUGAAAGAAAUUAUACCAAGGCACUUGAAUGGCUUACACUUGCUGCAAAAGAAGGUCUCUAUUCAGCAUUUAAUGGAAUUGGCUACUUGUAUGUCAAAGGCUAUGGAGUAGAUAAGAAAAACUAUACUAAGGCAAGAGAAUAUUUUGAGAAGGCUGUUGACAAUGAAGACCCCAGUGGGCAUUAUAACCUUGGAGUUUUGUAUCUUAAAGGCAUCGGAGUCAACAGGGAUGUGAGGCAGGCAACAAAAUACUUCUUUGUUGCUGCAAAUGCUGGUCAACCAAAGGCUUUCUAUCAACUCGCCAAGAUGUUCCAUACUGGUGUUGGGCUUAAGAAGAAUCUGGAGAUGGCGACUUCAUUUUAUAAGCUAGUAGCAGAAAGGGGGCCGUGGAGUUCUCUCUCUAGAUGGGCUCUUGAAGCUUACUUAAAAGGUGAUGUGGGUAAGGCUUUGAUUUUGUACUCAAGGAUGGCAGAGAUGGGUUAUGAAGUGGCACAAAGUAAUGCUGCCUGGAUCCUCGAUAAAUACGGCGAAAGAAGCAUGUGCAUGGGAGUAUCUGGAUUUUGCACAGACAAAGAGAGACAUGAGCGGGCACAUUCUUUGUGGUGGCGGGCCUCUGAACAAGGCAAUGAACAUGCUGCUCUGCUUAUUGGAGAUGCAUAUUACUAUGGCCGGGGAACUGAGAGAGAUUUUGUGCGUGCGGCAGAAGCAUACAUGCAUGCUAAAUCACAGUCCAAUGCGCAAGCAAUGUUCAACCUCGGUUACAUGCAUGAACAUGGACAAGGACUUCCCUUUGAUCUCCAUUUAGCAAAACGUUACUAUGAUGAAUCCCUUCAGAGCGAUGCAGCCGCGAGAUUGCCAGUCACACUUGCUCUCGCUAGCUUAUGGCUCCGUAGAAACUAUGCUGAUACCGUCCUGGUGAGAGUUGUGGAUUCAUUACCAGAAGUGUAUCCGAAGGUAGAGACUUGGAUAGAGAAUGUGGUGUUUGAAGAAGGUAAUGCAACAAUACUUACACUCUUUGUCUGUCUCAUCACAAUUCUCUAUCUCCGGGAAAGACAACGUAGACAAGUCGUCGUUGUUGCCGAUCCAGUGGCUGCUGACGUGGCACAACCGCUCGACGCUGAUGUGGCGCAACACCUCGCUGCGUUCCCACGGUAAUCAAUUGAUAAUCGUUUUCGUCAUUGUAAUAGCAGAGAAUAAUGGCUUUUUGGUGUGUUUUUUUCUUUCUAAAUGUACAGUUAAAAGUUACAACUUUACUUCGAACCAAAAUGUGUGAAACAGUGUAUGUAGGGCCUAUAUCUCUUAUAGAUAUGGCCCAUAACGUUAUAUUGACAAACUUUAAAGCUCACUGAUCUUCAAUGCUGAUGUUGUCUUUUUGUUUUUGAAUUUUGAACUAGCUGAGAGAAGUUAUAUUUAC